AUGUUAAGAAAUUUAAUUCAAGGUCUCAAUAAGAUCAAAGUAGCUUCAACUGCUUCACCAUCAUCAAUCAUUAAUAAAAGUAAUUCACCAUUUUUACAACAAUUUUUAAACACUCAACCACAAGUUCAAUUACCAAUCAACCAUGAAGAAUCAAAUGAUUUAGAAUGUAUGAUGAAUAAAACUUCAAGAAAAACUUUAAAAAAACAUAGAAAAAGGAUCAAUGGUAAAAAAUCAAAUAUGAGAAGAAAUUAA